ACGUCCUUUCUCAGGCUGGAUAUCAAGUUUCACAAAUUACACACCUGUGUGGACAAAAGAGUUUGGGUGCCUCAACUAGAAGGGAGACCUUAGUUUAGUGGCUUUGACGGUAAAUUGUGGUGCUCGUGUGUGUGUGUGUGUGACAGAGAGAGAGAGAGAGAGAGAAACUGAUAUAAAAGGAGGUCACAGAUGUGGGAUGAAGGAACUAUGAAAUACGUUUCCAGUUCAAGCAAUUGAGGUCGGCUGAAGAAACUGAAGAAAGAUGCUGACUUUCUGACAGCAGGAAACUUGUUUUCCCCCCAACCUUCAGAUGCUUUCAUUGAACGCUGCUUUACAGACGACUGUCCAGGUGCCUGAGGAAAACGUUAGACCGCUGAAUCCAAGGCAGGCAGUGGUUCCGAGACCGGGCCGCCACAGAAGGCCCAUGACGGCCCCAAAGACUCAGAAGGAAAAGGCGUCUAAAAGGAAGAAAGUGUUACUGACUAUCCUAACAGUUGUGGUGUUACUGGGCAUACUGGCCACUGCGGCAUUCUUCAUAAAGAAUCUGAUUGACAGCAAAUACUUCUUCUGCAAGCGUUCUUUUAAGUUCAUCCCGUUGAGCAAAGCCUGUGAUGGCAAACAUGACUGCACAGGAGGGGAGGAUGAAAUAACUUGUGUGUCAAGCUUUAAAGCCAACACAACCUUUCCAGUGCGUCUCACGUCAAGUCGGCAUGUCCUGCAGGUGUACAGUGCCGGCACCGGUUGGCGUAGUGUGUGUAGUGACGACUGGACCGAGCAGCACACACAGACAGCAUGUAAACAGCUGGGAUACACAAAUAAACCUAAAAGCACCAGUGUCCCAGUGAACACCUUGCUGUCGUCCAUGAAAGCUGGACCAUUCACAGCUGUCCGUCCUAAAACUACAAGCACACCUUUACAUCAGGCUACCAUUGACCGCAGUGCAUGCAAAUCUGGAUCUGUGGUGUCUUUGUCCUGUUCAGACUGUGGCAAGGUGGGCUCUCAGGACCGUAUUGUUGGGGGUACAGAUGCUUUCAUUGAGGACUGGCCCUGGCAGGUUAGCCUGCAGCAGGGAGGAAGACAUACGUGUGGAGGCUCGCUGGUGUCACCGCGUUGGGUUGUCACUGCCGCUCACUGCUUUGCUGGCAGUAAGAAGGAGCUGAGUGGCUGGAAGGUGGUGUCAGGACGGACACAUUUGGGCACUCUGGGAGGUUCCACUGUGGACAGGAUAGUAUUGAAUGGAGACUACGACACAGCACGAAACGACUAUGACAUUGCCAUGAUGAGACUCAGCAGCCCGAUCAGCAUGGGAGAGUCCCAGAGGCCGGUCUGUCUACCUCCUAAAUCCUUUGGUCUGCAAGCGGGAGCUUCCAUGGCUGUGACCGGCUGGGGAUACCUGGAGGAAGACGGUAAUGUUUCUCCUACACUCCAGAAGGCCUCUAUCCCUCUGAUAGACCAGGCUAAGUGCUCCAGCCCCUCAAUUUAUGGCAGUUCCAUCACAGAGAGGAUGAUCUGUGCUGGUUUCCUGGAGGGGAAAGUGGACGCCUGUCAGGGGGACAGUGGGGGUCCUUUGGUGUACUUCAGCUCCUCUAAGUGGCAUCUGGUGGGAGUGGUGAGCUGGGGUGUUGGGUGCGCACGGAAAGGAAGGCCAGGUGUCUACUGCAACGUGGAAGUGGUGUCAAACUGGAUUCAAACAGUCAUUGAGAAAAAUCCCUGAGAUCCUCCGUGUGUGAUGAGCAGCCACCACCAGACUCCAGUCCAAUUGACCUUGGAAAAACUGUGAAACUAAAAAGAUUUGGUUUCAACGUGGCCGACUGAAGAUAGGAGAGAAAGUGAAAGAUGAGGAUCGAUCUCAGCUGCCACACAGGCUGUCCAACACAGCCAUAUGCCAAAAACACUACACACACACGUAAAAUCACACAAACUUAUUUCAGGUGUGCCAUUUCAGGUUCUAAUCUCAGGGAACAAGAAUAUUUAUGUUGUUGCCAUUGACAUAAGGGCUUAGCAAUAACUGUACAAACCUUUUUGUGCAGAUGUUUUAUUUACCAGACAGACAUACUGUUCUUUAUAUCAUGUGCUACGAUGCGCUAGGUGUGCAACGUUAUGUGAGGGGGUCAUGUGAUCUAAAAAACAAAAAAAAAGGUGACGGGAUAACCCUGUGCUUUAUUAAUGCUGGCAGACAUCAGUGUGAAGCCUCAGGUUAACAGUGCCAACAGAAGUGGACUUACCACAUUCAUGGUGCUGAUGUAAGUGCGUGUGCCUUUAAAAGGACAAAUGUACGCUUUUCAGUAUGAACGGUGCGUUUGCUCCACACCAUUGGUUUGAGCACUUUAUGUGGAAAUUGACAAAUACUUGACCUGUAUGUAUGUGGACAUGAUUCAAAUGUGCUGUUUGUAACUCAGAUCUUUGCUAUGCAUCAUCGUACCUCCAAAUUGAGUUCAAGUGCAAUCAGAAAUUGGGCGGUGUACCUUUUAAAAGACUUGCUCUUGGUCAGAAUGGACAUACAGAUAUAAGCAUCACUUCCAUAAAAAUGUAAAUGAGAAACAUUUAGUACAAUGUGUGCUCUCAGGUAAAACUGAAAAUGUAUCUCUUAAUGUCAAAGUUAUUAUUUCUUUAUAGCAAAGAGUACAUCAGUUAUCAAAGUGAUCCACAGAGCAUGACAAAAAACAGGCACUUUUGAGUGAAAGAAUCAUGGUGGACUUAUUGUAAUAUACUGUAAAAUCAACUAUCUGAUCAUGCAUAGCGUUUGUCUCAAUCUCUCAAUGCACCGUGGGGUGAGAGACACAAUGGAUAUCAUUUGACUGUAAAUAAGGUAGCAUAACAUUGGAGUGUAUAUAUGGUACAUUUUAUUGAUUUUAUAUGAACCUGUAUAUAGGCUGUAAAUGUAAUAAAACUUGGUAACCAGAA